AUGGAGGUAGAAAUCGACUGUUGUGACAAUGAAUUUACUGAAAAAAUAAGCAUUCUGGUGGUGGAUGAUGAUAUCAAUUGCCUUCUCAUUACUUCUGAUUUACUCAAGAAGGAGAAAUACAAAGUUGUGACAGUGAAGAACGCAAACGAUGCUUUGAGUAUGCUUCGGGCCAGUGGCAACUCAUUCGAUCUUGUGAUCACAGAUGUCCACAUGCCCGAUAUGAAUGCCUUUCAACUUCAACAACAAAUAACCAAAGAAUUUGACAUUCCUGUUGUUUUUAUGUCAGAUGAUGAUGAAACAGAGUGUACAACUAUAAAAGGACUUGAAAGUGGUGGUGUUUAUUUUAUACUAAAGCCCAUAUCACAAGAUGAUAUACGUGAUUUAUGGCAAUAUACAAUCAUGCAAAGGAAGAAGAAGAAAAAUAUUCUAGGCAAACAAGUUGUUGUUGAGGAAAAUAUUAAUGAGAAAAGCCCUCGUGAAGAAAUUGUUGUUGAAUCUUCAUCAUCGGUCAAUGAAGAAUCUUAUAAGAGUAACAAGUCUAAAAGAAAAAAUGACAUGGCUGAAAAUCAACACAAUGUGUUUACACAAUUAAAGAAGAGUAAGCUUAUUUGGACAGAGUACCUUCACAACAAAUUCUUGGAAGCCAUUACAAUACUUGGCUUGAAGAGAGCUAUUCCGAGGAGAAUUUUAGAAGUUAUGAAUAUCCCUGAAUUGACUAGAGAAAAUGUGGCCAGUCAUUUGCAGAAAUAUCGUGCUUACUUGAGGAAAGUCACUACUCCAACUAAUACUAAUUCAGAGUUUAUUUCGAAUUCGAGUAAAAUCAUAUUUGGUAGUGCAAAUCAAUUAUCCACAAGGGAAGCAACUAAUCCUAUUUCAACUUCAGCUCAACAACUUAUGACAGAAGAUUUGAACUCUGUUACUGCUCAUGACACCAACUUUGAGUCUAUUCAAGAGGAUAAAAUGCUUGCAGACAUUUUGACUCGUCAUAUAAGAAAGAAGAAUCAUAAUAUGUUGGAUAACAUUUAUCCUACGUCAAAUUCAACUAUGCAUAAAACAAGUGUUUUCAACAGCCAACUGAAUGUUCAAUCUUCUAUUGUGGAAAACAAUAAUAUUGAGGAGGAGACAAUUCUUAGCUUCGUUGAUGAUGGUAGCAAUCAGUACCAACAAACUUAUUUUCCAUGGGUUGAUCAUACAUUAACUGAGAAACAAAAUUAUGAAGGUGUUACUACAGAGGAAAGAUCGUUUCAAUUUCACAAUUCUCCCCUGAAUUCAAAACUUGAGCUUCUCAUCUUCUUCUUCCUUCUCGACUAA